UCCCGACACAUGAGAACACACACAGGGGAAAAAACAUUCAAAUGUGACCAAUGUGACUAUUCUACUGCACGCAAAGACAGUUUGGACCAACAUCUAGCCAAGCAUACUGGUGACAAACCCUACAUAUGUGGGGAGUGUGGAUACAGGACAGUAAAGAGGUCUCACUUAUCCAAACGUAUAAGGACUCACACUGGUGAAAAACCCUACAAGUGUGACCAGUGUGACUAUUCUGCUGCACAAAAAAUCAACUUAGACAGGCAUCUAGCCAAACACACUGGUGACAAGCCCUACAUGUGUGGGGAGUGUGGGUACAGGACAGCUAGAAAGUCUUACUUAGUGAAUCAUAUGAGAAUUCAUACCGGUGAAAAGCCCUACAAGUGUGACCAGUGUGACUAUUCUGCUCCACUUAAGUCUACCUUGAAGCAACAUCUAGCCAAACAUACUGGUGAUAAGCCCUACAUGUGUGGGGAGUGUGGGUACAGGACAACUCACAAGUCUAACUUAUCCCGACAUAUGAAAACACAUACCGGUGAAAAACCCUACAAGUGUGACCAGUGUGACUAUUCUGCAGGAAGGAAAUAUGCAUUGGACAAACAUUGUAAAACACACCGGUAAACAACACUACAUGUUUAAGGAAUGUGAUUUCGGGAUAUCCAAGAAAACUUCUUUAUCAGAAAAAGUGCGUACCAGUGCCGUGUGUCAUUUAGCCGCAAUAAGCACAGCAAUGGAAAACUGUGAAUGUGCAGGGAGUGGAAGAAGAACUCUACAACAUAAUUUAUUUACUAGUAGCUAAAAAUACAUGUAUGUGAAGCAUGCAUAUUAUAAUAACAGUUAACCUUAUAUAUGAACCAAGUCGACCGAUGAUGAUGAUUUGUAUAUGCAACAUAGUUGUAAGAAGACAACUUUGUGUGCCCUAUUCCAAUAUUUGAGAAUAAGCCA